AUGCCUAGUCCAAUUGAUGCUCGUCAACUUCGUUAUCUUUUUCGUCUUAGUGUGAAUUGUGAGGAUAAAAUAAGUUUUCAUAAAGCUGUUGCAUUAUUAUCAUCUGUAUUUGGUCAACUUACUUAUUUAUCAUUGAAAUUGCUUGCAACUACAUCAAUAUCUGAUCGGUUAAUAAUAACAGGUGAUACGAUACAAAAUUUAUGUAUCAGUCGUUUAAAAUCAUCGACAUUCUAUAGAUUUAAUCUAUUAGUUCAUGUAAAGAAUGAUCUAGAAGAGAAAAAGAUUUUGAAUUCUUUUUUAAAUGCUCCAUUUGUUAAUCAAUCAGAACAAAGGUCAAAAAAAAUUAUUCAAGAAAUUGAUGAUUGGUCUGUUUGUGAAAACUCUUAUUGUUUUACAUUAUCAACGUUACCAUAUAAUGAAAUCAAGAUUCCGUCUUAUCUAUUUCCUACGAAACCAAACAAAACUUAUGAAAUAUCAAUGGAAGCAAUCGACUUGUUUCCACAUGCGAAUGAAUUAGUUUUAAGAGCAUGUAAACAGAAGAAUUGUUUUUCUGAAUUUGGAAAUUGUCAAUCUUUUAUAUCAUCAUUAAUUCCAUGGACAUUAAUAAGAAAAAUUUCUAUUGAAGAAGAUGUUAAUAUUACGGCAAUUGAAUUCGAAUCAAUAUUACAAAUGGCUUCUCAUGUUCAUACAUUAUCUAUAGCAGGUUUUAGGGGAUAUUUAUCGCGUGCAAUAUUGCAUAAUCAAAAUGAUCUUGGAACUCGUGUAAAUAAACAAAUAGAUUCGUUUGAUACCGAUGAUUGUUCAUUAAGAUUACAUAAUGCAAAAGAUUUCUGUAAAUUAAUAUCAUAUCGAUUACCGAAUUUAAAAGAAUUAUCAUUUUCUAUUUAUGAAGUUUUUCGUGAAAAAGAUAAAUCUACUAAAAAGAUUAUUGAUCUUAUUCAUUUUCUUGUUGAUCAUUUACAACAACUUGUUUUUCUAUCACUAAUUAUCUCGUCGGAAACUAAUUCAAAAACACGAUGCUUUCCACAUAAAAUUCGACGACAAUUAUAUGAACAACCUCUCAAUCGAUCAUAUCGAUUAAAAUGUUCUUCUCAAUUAAUUCAAAUAUGGCUUUGA